AUGGUGGUUGCUUCGCCGUCGCCGAUCCGGCAAGAAAAGGUCCGGGCGCUGGGCGUGCCUGUGGUGGACCUUUCGCAGAAGAGCGGCGGUAGGGCGGCGGAGCUGAUGGUGAGGGCCUGCGAGGAGUUUGGUUUCUUCAAGGUUAUCAACCACGGCUUGCCGGUGGAGGUCGUCGCUGGAAUGGAAGCUGAGGCGGUGGGAUUCUUCACCCUGCCACCGGAGGAGAAACAGCGGGCGGGGCCACCGAGCCCACUCGGCUACGGCAGCCGGAGCAUCGGCUUCAAUGGAGACACCGGGGAGGUGGAGUACCUCCUUCUUCCCGCUAACCGCUCCGCCAUCUCUCAGAGAGCUAAUGCCAUCUGCAGCAGCAACCCCGACAAGUUCAGGUGGAGUUGCAGGAAUCUCAUGACCUCUCGCAUGCCUACGUCUCCUUACUGCAAAUGCAUGUUAUCUUGAGCUGUCUUUCUCUCUCCCUCCCUCCCUCCCUCCACAGGGUAAAUAUCUUGCCAACUCAUAUAGGAGCUCUCUCUCUCUCCCCCCCCCUCUCUAUAUGUAUAUGUAUAGAGAGAUCUCCACAUCCAAAAAUCCGAAGUAGAAGACCUACCAACUAGCUUCGAAGCAGUUCUAGUACGGUCAAGGCCCCUCUCUCCGUCCAAAUCCCAAGUAAACGGAUUACCAACCAGCUCUGUGCCAGCACUCGUAUGGUCGAGGACUCUCUCUCUCUCUUUAUCAUUUCAAGGAUAGUAAACGUACUAACUAGUCGGGUAGCAGUAGGAGUAUGGCUAAAGUUAUUUCUCUCUCUGUCAGUAGGAGCUCACAUCAAGGAACUACAAUGCUGGCAAGACAGCUAUGGCAGCCCUGGCCGGCAUGAUUGUCGCGCCAAGCUCCAGGGUGGACGCGUCCCUCCCCCCGUGAGACCUUUACGUACAUGUGUGCGCCCCCCCCCCCCCCGGGUUCUCCUGCCACCUUCACUUUGUUCUCAUUCCGUGACGAAUCAAUAGUCGGUUUUAGAACUUGACAGCUCCUCCCCUACUCUCAGUAGAACAUCCUUAAACCUAUGUAGAUAGAGAGAAGAGGGAAGGAGGGGGGAAGGCGCUCGUUCGAGUUGUGAGUGCAUGGAGUGAGAAAGAGAGGGCGGCAAGAACUCAUGUUCGAAUGAGGAAAGCUCGUCCUCUGCCUCUGUCCCUCUUUUCAGUAUAUUAAUAAUAGGAACGGGGACUGUAGGAAAUCCGUUGGCAGACUCUCUCUCUACCUCUACCUCACAUAUCCGUGAGGCAGUCAUCCAGGGAACAUCCCCGACAAGACCUGUCGAGAGAGAGAGAAUCUGUUGAGGAUGGGUCGGGAACGCUCUGCUCAUCGACAGCUAUGACAAUAUCUAUGAAUUCUCAUCUUUGUUGACGAGGAUCUUGACUGAGAGUUUCGUACAGUUUCUUCUCUGUUAAAUUCUCUGAAAACCGGCGAGGAUUCAGAAGAGCGUCUUCUACUGCAUUCCUUUUGGAGUACUAACAACCUGCAGAUGCUAACUCACGAACUCUUUUGCAGGUGGACCCUUAUCCAAUUGACGCCCUUCUUAUCUCCUCGAGGAGAGCAUCCUCUCUCUCUCUCUCGCUCAUGCAGUCCCCCCGAAUCCUCUCGUCAGAUCUUUCCGUCCAUCUUGUCAAGCCGUGAAUGACCUCAGGGAGAAGGGAGAGAGAGAGAUAGAGAGAGAGAGAGAGAGAGAGAUUCACAAAAGGAAAGGGGCAGCCGAAGGACUCAGCUAUCACCCUGAAGAAUGACCCCCACCACUUUCUCCUUAGCCAUAAAAAGCUAACGGGGGGGUGGGUGGACCUUUCCAUGCUUUGUAGCCAGAUAAAGCCAUUUUUCUCUUGUUCUUGCUUUUCUAUGCUUAGAAGUCUCUGGCCGAUGAGAAUGGGUCGGGAACUUCCAUUUAUCUCUCUUUCUCUCUCUCUCUCUCUCGCUCUCUCUCUCUCUUUCUCACUCCAACGUGCAUACCGAAACAGUCUUUUUCCACCUCUUCUCACUAGAUAUAUAUUUCCCAUUCACUUCCUCUCUCUCUCUCUCUCUCUCUCUCUCUCUCUCUCUCUCUCUCUCUCUCUCUCUCUCUCUCUCUCUCUCUCUCGCUCUCUCUCAGUCACUCACUCACUCUCUCUCUUCUUGCCACUCGACAGCUGCGUGGUGGGCGAGUACGUAGAGGCAGUUAGAGGCCUGGCGUGCGACAUUCUUGAAAUGCUCGGGGGAGGCCUGCGUCUGCCGGACCGCUCAACCUUCGCCAGCCUCGCCGGCGGCGCAGACAGCGACUCUCUCCUCCGCCUCAACUACUAUCCCCCCUGCGGCAACGACAAGGACACAGAAGAGGGCAAAGACAGCCACUGUCGAUCCAGCGGCGGCGACGCCGCCGUGGUGGGUUUUGGUGAGCAUACAGAUCCUCAAGUCGUCACCCUCCUCCGAUCAAACGACGCCCCCGGGUUACAAGUCCUCUUCCCCCCCGACGCCAGCGACGGCGGCGGCGGCGGCGGCGGCGUAUGGGUCCCUGUGCCCCCCGACCCCUCCGCCUUCUUCAUCAUCGUUGGCGACGUCCUCCAGGUUGACCUCCCUCCCUCCCUCUAACUCCCAUUUCUCGCCCUCAUUUUCUCUAAGCACCUUCAAAGCGAAGAAAUUAAGUGAAGCCUUCUCUUCUCUCAAGGAUAUAUAAACGCAUGUCAUCCAACUCUUGUGGGGCUCUCUUUCUAUCCCUGGUGCAGGCGAUGACGAACGGGAGGCUGCUGAGCGCAAGGCACAGGGCGGUGGUGAGCGCCGCAAAAGCGAGGCUGUCGACAGUGUACUUCGCGGCGCCGCCGCUGCAGGCGCGGAUAGCGCCGCUGCCGGAGAUGGUUGCCACACGCCGGCCAUGCCUGUACAAGGCUUUCACGUGGGGCGAGUAUAAGAAGGCCAUGUACACGCUCCGGCUCGGCCACAACCGCCUUGACCUCUUCCGCAAGAAUCCCGACGAAGAACAGGAAGACUGGGUUCCCAGGACACCCCAUGACUGA